AUGGAUCUUGCAGUUGGUAUUGCUGCUAUGAAUUUGAUAAAUUUGUCGAACGUAACGUUAACUCGUAGCAGUCUCAAAGUAAAGCUAGAUUCAAGAGUAAAUGCAGAACUGGAGAAUGUUCAGCUGUUGACAGGUAGUAUCUUCAUCACAGUUGAUGCUCAUGCAGUGAUCAGUUGGUCCUCUAAAUGGCUGGUUCAUGGAUGGAGGAGAACUUCAAAGCCUCUAGCUCUCUAUGAUUCAGCCAUCAGAGAGUUCUGGAAGUUGUGCUUUCAUAUUAUGAAAGAAAAAGUGGAGGUAUUAGGCAUUGAGGGACAGAACUUGAACAUGACAAAAUACGCUCUUGAGGCAAUGAAGCUAGAGGAUCAGCAAAUGAAAAAACAUGAGAGAAUGCAAAUGCUGCUAGUAGUGCAGCCACUGGACGUUUCUGGACAAGAAAGAGCGACCAGGGUGAUGUUUCCAGCUGAUCAUGAGCAGGCUGACAUGUCAUUGGUCGAUCGACCUGGUAAUUCAGGUUUAUUCAGAAGGAUGAGUCCAAAAAGCCCUGCCUCGGAAGAGUUCCAGGUCAAGAAAAAAAAGGGUAUUCCAAUUCUUUUGGUAUACUUAAAAAUCAACAGAUCAAUUAAAGUUUAUAGAAUUGAUAUUCCGAGUGAAUCAACAUGUAUAGAGUAGAACUUUGAACUAAUAUUUGUGCACAAAUCAACAACUUGGAUUUUAUUUUAUUUUUUAAUCCCUUCUUGUUCCUUAUAGAUAUACCUAUAUAUGUACACGCUUCCCUAUGCUUGUGCCAAACUUGCUUUGUUUAAUGACGGA